AUAUAUCUCACGAAAAAGUACUUUAGAGUUGGAUCAUCACUGUUCUUUUUGCAUACUGACAUAACGUACUUAGUAUGCGUAUACUAAAAAAAUAAUUAUUAACCACAGAGGUCAUAUUACCUUAUGUACUUCUUUCAAACAGGUCUCAAAAUUGUCCCAACUUGUAAAUCUUCGAGAUAACAUAAUAUCAUUGAAGAUUCGUCCUAUAUCAUGCAUCAUCACGAUGGAAUCGCCUUCGUUACUUGAAGAAUGAACGUUAUCAGACAUAGUGCGGCUGAACUCAAUUCAAAUCUAAAAAUGUCUUGAUUUGACCGCUUCUGAAAAUCUUCACGAAUUGUCGAUUUGACGCACCAAUCAUUUUGUGACUGUUUGACCUUCAAGUGCUCGCAACCCCCAUCAGUGGACGAUACCCUAGGAGCGUUGCCCUGUUUGGAGCACGGGAACCAUUGCUUACAGACCUGAAAUCAAUUUUAUCAGAGGUGUCAAUCUCGUCAAUACGUAUUUGAAAUGAUCAGAAAUCCCUUAAUUAUGUAUGGCAGAAUGUUCUAAAUGUAAUGAUCCAAUGAUCUAAAAUCGUUCAUUUGUUCUUAAAUUUAAUUUAAUUUCCAAUGAAUAAGACAGGCAAGAAACGGAAAAAGGGUUAUGUCGGGGAGUGUAUUUUGUCUUAUUUUAUCCGAGACGAAAAAUACAAAGCUCCUGCCGAAACCAUGAACCCAUGUAAUAUAUCUACAUCUCUCCCAGUAUCUAAAAGCAACCCACUCGAGAAAACUCCCAGAAAAUGCCCUUUUUAUAAGUGGAUUCCAGACACAUCAUUUACUGUUGAUGCUUUCUGUUAUGCUGAAAUUCCAGGAUGUACCUGUUACUUCCUCUCCCAUUUCCAUUUUGAUCAUUUCAGAGGCAUCCACAAGAAUUUUAAAGGAGAUAUCUAUUGCAGCGAGGUGACAAAGAAUCUUUUGAGAAAUGCUUAUGGUUUGGGGCUGGUUAUUAAUGUGCUUGAGAUAGAGAAGAGUACAAAGAUUGGCGAUGUAGAAGUAACAGCUUUAGAUGCUAAUCAUUGUCCUGGCUCUUUAAUGUUCCUUUUCUAUGUGCCAUCAAAACAGAAGACUUAUCUGCAUACUGGUGACUUUCGUUAUACACCAUCAAUGUUAACUCAUCCAAGUAUAUUAACAAAUUAUUUAUCGGACGACAGUUCUUCCAAAAAGUUACCAAGAAUACAUUCAAUAUUUUUGGAUACAACAUAUUGUUCAUCUCAGUAUGACUUUCCUACUCAACUGGAUGUUAUUCAUGGAGCACUAGAAGUUACACGUGAUUAUCUGAUAAAAGAUCCUACCAUUUUAGUUGUUUGUGGAAUGUACUCAAUAGGCAAGGAACGAUUUACACUUGGUCUUGCCUCUAAACUAAACCUAAAGGUUUGGUUACCAAACAAUCAAAAUCGUUUAAUCAAGCUAGCUGCACAAGGCGGUUGUACUAUAUGCAAAGAACUGCUUCAAUAUGUCGUUGGUAGUUCUCACAAAGCUCAACUUCAUGUUCUACCUAUGCAGCAAUUAAAUGUGACAGGCCUCGUUGAAUAUCAAAAGAAAUUGGGCAAUCGAUUACCAACUGAUCCUUUUCACAGUUCAUCAACCCUUUCUAAAUUGAGGUCUAUUCUAGGCUGGCGCCCAACUGGUUGGUCUCAUCGACAGUCAAGUAAUACUCAAACAUCAAUGAAACCUCCACGGAACGGCAUUGUUUUGGAACAGAAAAAGGGCGACAUUCACAUUUAUGUGAAUUAAAAUGAAACUCUAUUGUGUUUUCAUCAUGUACUUCAGUCAAACUGGAUUACCUAUCAUAUUGACACUUCUAUAAUGUUUUGAAGAUACUCAUCAACUCACUUGUUUAUUAGUAAAUGAAGAGCUUAAAAUAUUUAUUGUAAAGUUUACUUGAUCUUGCGAAGAAAGUUAAUGUAAUUUAGAAAUGAUCAUCUACUGAUGGUUAUUUGUAGACAAAUCAAUUAAACGUCUUUUUAUUAAUUCAAACAUAUUGGAAUAUCUAUGAAUACAUAUAUUUUUAAUAUGUGCUUACAAAUACUCACACUGCCUACAAAUAGAAUAGGAGUGAAAAGAGUUCGUUAAAUCAAUAGUGUUCGAUCGUAUUGAGUCAGAGGUUGGAUGAUGAUUAUAUCAUCUCGUGAAUAAACUGAAUUUAAAAUGUAUAGAUCACUAGAUUCUGAAGCUAACUCACUGACAUACUCUUGUUACUCUCGUGUAGCGGCAUAGGCCGCCCACAAGGAUUCUCUAUUGAACUCUGUUCUAGGCAAUGUUGUCCAGUUGCUAUUCAUUAUUUUGGUGUCUGCCACUAAUACCCGGAUGCAAUAUGUCCCUUGAUCUUCUUUUCAUUUUCCCUUCAGGAUUCUGUGUUAAAACUUGCCUCGUGAUUCAGUUUGAUGAUUUUUUCAAUGUAUGUCCUACCGACCUCCAGUUGAAAGCCGGUUCGUUCUUUCCCACAGUAGGUUGUUGCUGAUGGUAUCCGGUCAACGAACAUUGAGUAUCUUGUGUAGACAAUUGUUUAUAAAUACUUGUACCAUUUUGAUAAUGGUUGUAGUAGUUCUCGUAGUUCCAUCUCCAUACAAUAGGACUAUUUUGACGUCUGUACUGAAGAUUGUGACUUUGAUGUUGACUGACAGUUGUUUUGAGUUCCAGAUAUUCUACGACAGUAGGAAUUCCGCCUUUAUUUUGCUGACCCUUACCUUCACAUCCGUAUCAACUCCUCCUUGUUUAUCGAUGUUGCUGCCCGAUCAUAUGAAAGUUUAUUAAUUCCAGAGCUUCUAUAUCAAGUGUCAUUGCAUUGGUGUUCUCUGUGCUGUAUUUCGGAAUCUUUCUUGUGACUUAGUGACCAUUUGACCUCCCUUUUCCUUGACUGGUCGCUCUGAAUCCUUAUAUUUCCGUUCUAGUUUCUUCGUUAUACCAUGUAGUUCUCUCACAUUUCAGCCCUUUCCAGCUUUCGUCCAAUGGGUUUCACUUAUUCCAAGCACCGUCAAGUUGUAUUUCCCCAUUUUUGCAGCUAUUUGAUUGGUCCUCACUGUCUCUCGCAUUAUGCGUACAUUAUAUGUACCUAUAUUAAUUGUUGCUCUGGCUGUUAGAGGGGACGUCAGCCUCGUGGUUUCCGAAGAAUCUCGGAUUUCAGCAUGGGGCAUCAUAAUUCUUCUAAAUGAAGAUCCUUCAACUCAAGCGACAGAGUUUUAAUGGUUUAAAUUGUUUGUCGUGAUUGGCAUUUGUGGCAGGGUUGUUUUGUAAGGUGUGGGGUUGCUAACUCUUUGUCCAACAGUACUUUCCUAUCUGGACUUGAAACCGGUAGUAAUAUUAGAAGGGCUACGGGUGGAAAUGGGUUUCUGGUUUUGUUAUUGAUACUUGACAGGGUCGAAGGUUAUUACUGUCGAUCAGUUUCAUACUUAUAGAAAGCAGUUUCUUCAACCAGUCCUCUUAAUAGACAAUAUAAUUCAAGAGGGGAGAAUGUAUUCGUGGAAUAGAAAUUGUGAACUGGUUUUCAAACUAAAGAUCUAAGGUAGCGAAAGAGUCAGUGGAUCUCUUCUAUUGUUAUUGAUUAUGAAUGAUGCCAUCAAUUAUCUCUAAUCAUGGGUUAUGAUAAUCUCAUAGAACCAGAACACACCGCUCCACCGCCCUGUCUGUUUCUAAUAGUUCCCUAACUGAGGUCAACACAUAAGAAAAACUACCUUUAAAUUGAAAUAAUCUCCUUAACCUUCUUAUCUGAAUCAUUUUAGUGUGUAUUAUCGGUUCUAGGUUGCUAAAUGUAAACUACUGAUGAAGUUUCAACAUUUAUUAUUAACUGAGAUAAAUAAAUUAUACUUGUAUCUGAUGCAUACGAAUGAUAGCUGACACAGAAAUUCGUUAGGAUGCUAGUAAACGAUUCAACUUCUUAGUUGGUAAGAUUUAUCAUAAAUUUCAUUGAAAAAAACGUUUUCUAUGUUGUUAGUAUGAUAUAUUUCAGUCUAGUUUAACAGAUUCAAUAGACUUUCACUUUGCCCAGUAGGAAGAUCAUUUUACUUGUUACCUAAUAAUAAAACACCAUCAAACAUGAUUCUCAUUUGCGCAUUUCAAAGCAAAUCAGCAAAAUGUAAAUUUUGAAACUGUCACAAGCUAUUUCGUUCACUGGUAUAAUGAUUAAUCACUAAAAUUGAGGUAGAAAAAUGCUGUAGCGAGUAAUAUUGGUUGUCAAUCCACAUGUUGAUUGUGUAAGAACUAAUCUUCAGGUUAAAACAAUCAUAUUCCUUAGUUGUCUAAAAGUUUUUCGGUUAUGGAACGGAGAUUGAUGAAAAAGAACUGUGCAUAGAUAUACUUUAGUUGACUUUUGGAGCAUAAACUAUUUCAGUUCUUAUUAAAAUUUGAUCUGUCUAAAUGUCUCCAUGAUCUUUACCUUUGCCCAGUUGCAUAUGUAGGUUUCAAAAAUUUUUCAGAGUUUAUCGGGAUUACAACUGACUGUUAACAUAAAAUAUUAUCCCAGAGAAUAAGAAUCAGCUUGGUUUACUCUACAUCAGUAUAUUAAAAAAGUAGGGAAUCUUAUUUUGACUUCGUCAACCAUCUUGUGUUUGAGAAUUGAACAAACAUAAAUCAGGUGAUGCAAAAUAGCUUUCAGGUAUUUGCUUUCAGUCAGUUAAUUCCCCUUAGUUUUGAAUAUCAGAUUAUAUAUCUAGGCAAGUGGAGAGAUCUUGAAUCUGUUAAGUUCUCGAUUGCCAUUAGGUUAACCAUCGAUCAGGUGACAUCAUAGUUAUUUGGCUAUAUUCAUCCGUAAACUAUUGUCACUUGAUAAUUUUCAUCACGAACUGGUUUGAUACCACCAUUGAAAACUAGAAAGCACUGAACAAAAGUUUCGUAUUAGUAUGGGACCCGUUGGCAGUGCGCAACCGCAACCCGACCGGAGCUCGAACAAAGGACCUUCGGUCUCGCGUGCGGACGCCUAAACUCUAGACCACUGAGCUGGGAUCCAAUGGUGUAUGUAUCUAAAUUCAAACAGUUGCGAUAUUGCGCGACCAUAUAUUGUCUACAGUGAUUAACUGUCUUAUACUCGAUUUGGUUGCCCACUGCUGAGGAGUUCCAUAUUGGUUCGGAACAACUGUGUAGUGCCUUCUGGUUUUCAGUGGAGGUCUUAUUAAAAUCAAUCCAUAAUAUAAGCUAUGAAAUUUUAGCAAUCUAUACAAAACCACGAUACUAAUGUCAUUUGAUUCACUUAUGAAUAGAGACGAAUAGAAACGACUUGAAGCACGGUACAGUGAUGUAUUAGUUUAAGUUUUGUUUUAUAUCAGGGAAGUAAAGCUGUAAGACUAUGUAAGAGGUUAACAACAAUCUACGCUUUCUUGCCGAUUUCAGCAAGUAACAAUAUUUUCUCAUGAGGAUAUAAUAAUCAGUGACAUCUUUGAUCCGUUUAUUUACUUAAUCCUAAUUAAAGUGAACAUUCAGUUCUAAAUGAACUCAGUGAACGUAAUGUAUUUCAGUCAAUCUAACAGAUACAAAUUUACAAUAUACUUUUAAUGGUUUUAAACUUGAAACAAACACCAGACUACCUGUUAUUUUUAUAUAUCAAACACUUUCAUCAAUCGUUUAUCACAUCAGUGGAAUAUAAGAGAUUGUAUCAUACACAAACCUCUAUCCGACUCUACAAGUAAUGCACCGAAUUUUUCUUAUUUUGAGAUUUAACCAUUCAGCAAUCCAAAAUGCGUAUAAAGGUUGUUUAAUUACUGUACUACUUGGUAUAACAUCACAUGGUUAGACGAACAUAUUUCGUAUUCCACUUAAAUAAACAGUUUAUAACCAAUGAAAGUUGAUUUCGCUAUCUAGUAAUAGUUGUAUUGUAGUAGAUUUCCAUCAAAAUUAUAUUACUCAUCGGUUGUGAAUGAGCAUAUGUGAUGUGUCAUCUUUUUGAUGACUUUCAAAUGAAUUAGAUACUUAAUAAUUAAGGUAACGUGAUACUUUUUUGUUUGAUAUUAUCACCAAUGCACUGUUAAUUUAAUUGUUAUUCACGUGUUUAUUUGUUGUUUGUACAUUUGGUCACUUGUAGCAAUUAACAUAACGAACACAUGUAUUCAUGGAAAUCACACUUUUCUUGGAUUAUGAUGUCUAGUCUUUGGUUGUGACCAGUGAAUUUACAGAAAAAAAACCCAGAAAGAUUGUUAUCCGUGUAUUUGAUAAAAAUAUAAGUAUAGAUUCGUGUAUAUAACCGUAAAAACAGAAAAAUAUAUCGAACUGUUGUGUAUUCUAACGGAAUUCAUUGGACAGGAGGAAAACAAUUUGAUGGAACAAUAAUUGUGUAGCUGAUUCGUGUGUCUUGAAAACACCGACCAAAUUUCUCCAAAGUACAUAGCUUUGUUCUUAUAGUUAUCUCUGUUUGAUUAUUGUAAUACCGCACUCUUAUUUCUGUAGAACUUUCUGGAUACUAUAAUUAACAAUUUAAGCGUUGGUUAUUGUGAUAGAGAAUGUUACUUGUUUGACUUCGAGGGUUUCUUACACUAUUUUCAUAAAUUGUAUUGAUAUCUUACAGGAAUAGUCAAACGAUUUCUAUUAUCAGUUAUGUGAAAUACUCUUAGUGGUGAGAAUUUAUUUUCCCAGCUAGUAUGUAUUACUUACAAAACGAAGUUUAAUUUUUGUUAUGUAUUUAAAAUGUUUUGAACCAAGAAUUCACAGGUUCUUAUUUUAAACUCGAUUAUUUCAUAUUAUGAUCUUAGUUUGCCAGUUAUUAUCUCAUUCGGAGGUCAGAGUGGUAACUAUAGUGUAUUUUAGUUGAAACACUAAAUUCAAGAGGGAUCGGACAAUUGUUUCUUUCCGAUUUGUUUUUUGACGCUAAGCAUUAUGAACUGUAACUUGGAUUAGAUAGCUGGAUAUCACUCAUCUGAAUCGAAAAUACUAGUGUUCAUUGACUAAGAUUCUUCUCUAUCACGAAACCACUUAAGUACCUAGCUUUGGAUCCUGAUUUCAUUAUCAUCCUUUUGACGGCUGUAUUUUUGAGUAUGGUUUUAUGCAACAAUAAGUGAAUCUAUUUUCGCCUCCCAUAGUUAACAUAGUGAGGUGAUUUAGUAUCCCAUAAUUCAGAUCGAUAUGAAAUGCUUCAACUCUUAAUUUAGCUAAUAAAAUUUAAUUAAAACCCUUAUCAAGAUACACUAAUUGUGUUGUGAAUUAUUACUAUACAUAUUGCAACUAUAAGGAUACAAUUAUUACUAAUAUAAAUAUAGGUAGGGGAGCAAUUGAUUAGUUGUUAUUUUUAGUAAUAUUGAUUUGGGACAAUUUAAUAGAAAUGUAUGUUUACAGUUUUUGUAGAGUAUGCGAAAUAUCUGGGCUUUCAUUUUUUAAUAUAAUCUCAGUGAGUUUAUAUUUUUCGUUAUUCUUUUGGAACAGGUAGUACUGCUGGGGAAUUUCGAAGUAUGCUAUAAAACACCAUUUUGCCUUGAAUAUUUAUCCACCUUGGGUCAUUUCAUGAUAAAAACUAUACUCAACUCAUGUCAAUCUCUAUUUAUCAAAAUAUAUCCUCUGUAAAUAGCAGGAAUUCCGAAAGUUUUAUUUCCACAUAAUUUAGUAGUAAUAAUGCUUCUAAUAUUUCUAUAUUAAAAUAAUGACUUAUUGUUUUUGUAUAUUUAAAAUAGGUGCAUCAUAUAGUGAACAUAGUAGUUUUCUGGAGUUAAAACAAUUCAUUACACGUCUUCAUCCUGUACAAGUACAACCUACUGUUUUUGGUAAAUCGAUUACUAUGACGAAAGAUACAGUAAACAGCUGGUUGAAAUGAAAAUAAACGUCACUGUCACGGUAAAGACCAUUAGUUUAACUUGGAUAAAUUAUUCUUACAGAAAUACUUUUCUUGCUUCUGUUAAAUAAAAUAUUGAUUUAUGGAAGAUACUAUUUUUCUUAUUAUCGGGAUAGUCUACCAAUCAAAUCUAUACUAAAUUGUUUGUUUUCUAAUUAUU